CUGCCGGACGCUACGUGGGCGGUACAGUGGAUCAGAGAAAGUAACGAGUUCGAGUGUCAAGUGAAAGUGAAGCUCUCGGAGUGAUCAAAGCUAGUAUAUAGGAUAUAUCGCGAAAUAUCAGCAGACUCUAGUCUGCCAAUCAUACUGCCAGUGGCCUGCAAUUAAAGUAUUUAAUUGCUUGUGAAAGAGUUAAUAAGUGAGCUGUCAGUGGCGACCUUGGCAGUGUGGAAUAUAGAUCUUAAGAUAAAAAUAAUGCCCAGUGUUUCGGUCUUAACCUGGCUCUGUCUCGGCCUUAGCCUGACUCUGAGCCAGGCCAAUCCCCAGCUGAAUUUACCCACCCCGCAGCCAGAAGUGUUCUACAACGGCUACACCCCGAACGUGGCCACCACGCCCGCCCAGUUGCGGGCGGACCGGGAUCGGGAUCAGCGCUACGGUCCGCCCUACGCCGAUGCCGGGGGAGGUGGCAACACCGACGACGGGCUGGACGACUUUAGGUACGGUCAGACUAGUGACGAACGCAUGAGACUCGGCUAUGCCUAUCCCUCGCCGCGCGUGAACUUCAGUGACUCGCCCUUCAGCGGGGAUCGGUUUUCCAACCACAACUACGGACCUUCGGUCUCCAGCUCAACCGAUCGCAGCUACGGCAACGAUCCCAGCCUGAACGGACGCUUCGCCGAUGGUCCCAUCUCCACGCAAGGAGAGCGAAAUUACAACCCCAACGAUCAGUACAACUACAACAAUAAUCCCAAUGUGGAGAUCUUGGGCAUCAACAACCGCAAUCGCUUCGAGAACCCCUACCUCUCGAACCAGGAUCGGUUCAACCUGAACCAAGGAUAUCUGGAACGCCAGCGUUACCAGCAGGAUCGUCGCUACCAACAGGAACUGGAAAAGCUGCGCAACCUGCUCGUGGAGUCCGAUCAGAAAGGCUCCUUGGAAUGCACCGCCAAUGUGGCCGCCCAGUGGAAUUUCGAGACGAACGUCAACGAUUUUACCCAAACGGAAGCGCUUAAUGCUCAACAGCGUUAUGUAGAGUUCCAGCGCAUCACGGCUGAACAAUCCAAGCGGAUUAACAAGGAUCUCAUCUUUGACCGCCGCCUCUACCGACAACUCAUGCUGCAGUCCGAGGUGGGGCCAAAUGCCUUGCCUUUGGAUGUAUUGGAUAGGUACAACCGACUGCUGAACGAGAUGCUGUUUCUGUACAACAGCGCCGGAAUUUGCGCUUACCAGCAGCCCUUCCAGUGCGACCUCCACUACAUACCACACCUGAAGGACAUCAUGGCCAAGAGCAGGGACUGGGAUGAGCUGCAGCACACGUGGGUGGAGUACCACAGGAAGGCGGGCCGGGGAAUGCGCGACAGCUACGAGCAGCUGAUCGACGUCAUGCAGGACGUGGCCAGUGUGAACAAUGUCACCAACGGAGGGGAGUACUGGUAUCUGGCCUAUGAGUCCGGUAACUUCCGGCAGGACAUGGACAUUGUUUGGGAGCAGAUUCGGCCGCUUUACGAGAGUCUGCACUCGUAUGUCCGACGCAAGCUGAGGGACUACUAUGGGCCGGACCGCAUCAACCGCAUUGCCCCGAUUCCCUCGCACAUCCUGGGCAACAUGUACGGCCAGUCUUGGUCGAAUGUUUUGGACAUUCUGAUACCCUACCCGGGGCGCAAGCUCAUCGAUGUCACGCCGCGCAUGGUGGAGCAGGGAUACACUCCGCUGCUGAUGUUCCAGCUCGCCGAGGAAUUCUUCACCUCCAUUAACAUGUCCGCCGUAGGUCCAGAGUUCUAUCGCAGCUCCAUAUUCGAGCAGCCCUUGGACAGGAGAGUUCUCUGUGAGCCCUCCGCCUGGGAUUUCUGUAAUCGCCAUGACUUUCGGGUGAAGAUCUGCGCCGAUAUCAACCAGCGAAGCUUGAUCAGUGUGCACCACGAGAUGGCCCACAUUCAGUACUUUUUGCAGUACCGUCACCUGCCCAAGAUCUUCAGGAACGGCGCCAAUCCCGCCUUCCACCAGGCUGUGGGCGAUGCCAUUGGUCUGUCGGUGUCCACUCCCAGACACUUGCAAACCCUGGGAUUACUUCAGAGGUCCCUUGACGAGUCCAGCUUUGAUAUUAACUAUCUUUUUACCAUGGCGAUCGAUAAGGUUGCCUUUCUGCCCUUUGCUCUGUCCCUGGACAAUUGGCGUUAUGAUGUCUUCAGUGGCAAUGCAAAUAAGCGAACCAUGAAUUGUCAUUACUGGAAUUUGCGGGAAAAAUACUCGGGCAUAAAGCCUCCAGUUUUACGCUCUGAAAAGGAUUUUGACAUGGGGGCCAAGUAUCACAUACCAGCCAAUAUUCCCUAUAUCAAAUACUUCUUCUCCACGGUGCUGCAGUUCCAGAUCUACCGCGCAAUGUGUCGCGAGGCAGGCCAAUAUAUUCCCGGUGAUCCCAGGAAGCCGCUGCAUCAAUGCGAUAUCUACCGACAGCCAGCGGCCGGCAAUAUUCUCAAGAAACUAAUGGCCAAAGGCGCCUCCCAGCCCUGGCAAGAGGUGCUUGAGGAGACCCUACAGGAUGGCCGCUUGGAUGGCAGCGCUCUGCGGGAAUACUUUGCGCCCCUCGAAGAAUGGCUGCGACUGGAGAAUCUCCGGACGAACGAGUACGUUGGAUGGAACUACGACGGUGACUACUGCAAGCGCAGCAUCGAGACAGCUGGACUGCAAAUCUUCGGUGGAUACUACAAUGGUGGCGAGCGCCAAGGGGCUUCUUCGUCACUGGGCAUCCUGUUCUUCUGGAUUUGCUUCUACUUCGGCACGCUUUUGAUUUGAAUUUCCAGAGCAUUCGAACCAGUGUUAAAAUUCCGAUAGCAAACAGGCCGAUCCACUUACUGCUUCCGCUUAUUCAAGUCGCACCUACAACCGAGCUGAACUUGAAUCAAUGCCAAAAAAUACACACUCACAAUUCUAAAAUUAAAUAAACGAAAACA